GUUUAGAGCUGCCCAAUAGAAAGCUCAUACGUGUGUAGCUAGGGCUAUCUUAUGCUCGGCGUCUCUCUCAAAACAUAAAAUCAGUACCUUAUCGCUCUACGGCAUCAGGGUUUUUUCCCAAAUCAGAAAAUUUUCGCAGGCAGAAGAAGGAGCAUCGCCGGCAAAAUUAGCUAUGUCAACCGGCAGGAAGAUCACGUUGAAAAGCUCUGACGGAGAGACCUUUGAGAUGGACGAGGCGGUGGCUCUCGAAUCUCAGACGAUAAAGCACAUGAUAGAGGACGACUGCGCCGAUAACGGUAUCCCUCUUCCUAAUGUCACCAGCAAGAUCCUCUCUAAGGUAAUCGAGUAUUGCAAGAAGCACGUCGAGACUCCCAAGUCCGAAGAUCGUCCCUCUUCUGUCGACGACGAGUUGAAGGCGUGGGACGCUGAGUUUGUCAAAGUUGAUCAGGCUACUCUCUUCGAUCUCAUUCUGGCUGCCAACUAUCUAAACAUCAAAAGCUUGCUGGAUCUCACUUGUCAGACUGUAGCGGACAUGAUCAAGGGCAAAACUCCAGAAGAAAUUCGCAAGACUUUCAACAUCAAGAAUGACUUUACACCAGAGGAAGAGGAGGAAGUUCGCAGAGAGAACCAAUGGGCCUUUGAAUAAAAGUCCAGGAAACAGUGUCUGUAUUUCUAGUUCCCUUUCUAUGUUGGACAUGGGUGUUCAGGAUCACUGCUUUGCAGACAAUUAUUAGUUUACUUGCCUUGUUCCCUACCUAAAACUAUCAGAAACUCUGAUGUCUGGCUGUAACCUUUUCAUUACAUGUUAAUAUGGUAUCUGCUGUUCUUUUAUGGUAA